AUGACGCAUCUAGAGUUCGACGUUGAGCGUCCUGCGGGAGUAUCAAGCAAGAGGCUGACUCAGCUUCGGUCGGCUUCGUCACAGCAAUCAGAAGACCGUGGACACGGCCCCCGGGGCCCCACUGCCUGCGUCGGCGCGGCGCUCCGAGACAACGUCAACGAAAUCCUGCGGCCAGCAGUUGUGCCUCGUGCAUCGAGUCCUGGUGCUGCUGCUCUAGAUCGCAUGCGUGUAGACGACUACGCCGGUAUGCGUAGCGAUGGAAUUAAUGAACUGCGGGCGCCGGUUCACCGGAGGUGCCCGGAAGGAGGAAAAAGGCGUGGCCUCAUGACAAACAAUGAGUCGGUUUUCGUAUCCGAUGUUCUCGGGCAGCAUGGCCGCCCCAUCAAUGGGGCGUCGCAGUUCCAGGAUCCUCGUGUUACCGAUUACUUGCAGCAACAGUGCAAACCCAAGAGCCGAAGCCUGCAGAGGUAUUACGGCCCGGAGGAACUCCACAAAGCGUUCUGCACCAAGUUCGAGGUGGUGGACAAAACUUCCGGUCGGACUGAAAUCAUGACAGCACGGCGGCCUGGGUCAGCAGCUGCCGUCGUCAGUCUCUGCGAUUUCGAUGCCUACAUUCCGAGACCGCAUAAAUAUACCAGCUGUCAGAAGCAAAUCAGUAACAUUGAGAACACACCGCUGGGUCUAAUGCCACGAAAAGGCGCGGAAGCACCUCACAAGCCGUACUUUACUCAGACGGCGGCGGAUAUCUGCAAGAAACAAAGCCAGCUCCGUUGCCAGGAUCCUGAGGUUACUGUGCAUGGACAACAGAAGUACCACGUGGCCAGCAAGGCCAGCCUCGCACGAGCUUUCCAAAUCAGUUCCAUGCUUUUGGUCAGAGUUGGCUCGCACCUGGAGACGGUGCACGGACAAUGA